AUGGAAUUAAAAGUACUACCAAAAAGAGCAGUAAAUAGGGAGCAGUCUAAAUUGACUCAAAGGAUCAGACCAAAUUUGAGAUCAAAAGUGAACAGAUCUAAGAAAAUCAGUAAGAGGAAUGUGCUAAGCCUUACCAGAGAAAAUGAAUACUUUAAGAUGAACAUGAAGCUGAGGAAGAUCGUUAGGUGUAAGAAUAAGAUGAAGAAUGUUGGAGAUUUCACAAAUAUUAUUAAAUCACUUAUUUCUCCCAAAAGUAAAGCCAAACAGAUCCUGACUCCUUCUAUUAAAUCAAGGAGGGAUGAAAAGAGAAGAGUCUUCUCUGCAAAGAGACCCAGAACUAAUGAGUCUGAGAAAAAGAAGCAAAUUGAGCUCUCAACGAUUGAAUUUUAUAAGAAGAUGGCUUAUCGUAUUAGCAGAAAGCUUGAGCAAAAUAAGAUUGUGAAUGGCAGAUUUUGCUCCCCUGUUAUUCUUCGUCAGAAAGCAACCGAUUUCCAAAGCAAUGGAAGUUCUUCAAAAUCAAUCAACGAUGAGUUUAGCCUUAUUCAAUCGGCUUUACCUAAAAUUGAGACUGAGAAAUUUUGUGUUAAAUUAAAUUAAAUUUUAAACUAAAAUAUU